GCAAACUGGAAAAGUUAUCAUAGUUAUUUAGCAUUGAAAUCUUUUUCUAAUUUCAAUGUCAUGGCUAAGGAAAUUGUUAAUGAAAUUAAACUUCAUCAUGAAUUUGAUUUUCAUGAAAAUAUAAUUCGCUUUUAUGGCAUUACAACAGAAAAUCAAAGCAACAAUUCAAAAAAAUACUUGUUAGUUAUGGAAUAUGCCAAUAAUGGUACCCUUCGAAACUAUUUAGAUGGAUGUUAUAAAAAUCUUACUUGGAAUGGUAAAUUAAAUCUAGCAUUUCAAUUAGCUAAUGCUAUAUCAUUUUUGCAUGAUGAAGGGAUCGUGCAUCGUGAUUUGCAUAUUAGUUCAUAAGGAUACCAUUAAAUUGGCUGAUUUUGGAUUAUCAAAAAGGAUCGAUGAAUCUUCCAAUAUUCAAUCAAAAAUAUUUGGAAUGGUUACUUAUGUUGAUCCACAAACAUUUAAUAGAAAAAGAGAUAGCAACAACAAAGUUCAAAUAUAUUCAUUGAAUAAAAAGAGUGAUGUUUAUAGUAUUGGCGUACUCUUAUGGGAAAUAUCUAGUGGGCGGCCACCUUUUUGUAAUGAGCCAUACGAUGUUGGUUUGGCUAUGGAAAUAUUACAUGGUCUUAGAGAAAAACCCAUUCCCAAUACACCUGAUGAUUAUACAAAAUUAUAUACUGAUUGUUGGAAUAAUGAACCAGAUAAUCGUCCAACUAUCAAUCAAGUUGUUGCAAAAUUACAUGUCCAAUUAUCAAGUGAACAGCAAAAUGUUGUUGAAACUCCUAGUAAUAAUUUAUUACAUGAAGAAAUGUCCAAACUUAUUCAAAAUUUUAAUAAUAUGAAUACAAAAGAAAUACAAAUUUCAAUAUCAUCAGAGAAAAAUAUUGACAUAAUAGUUAAUGAAAUAAUUCUCCUUCUUGAUAAUGUAGAAAUGGAUGAUAGAAAACAUAAAAUUAUUAAUUACCUUAAUAAUCAUAAUAUAAUUUUACAAGAAAUUUAUAGUUGGUUAUUAAAUAACCAUAAUAAUUCAAAUUCUUUUUUUUUACUUGGAGUAUUUAAUCAUUUUGGAAUUCUAAUUAAUGUUGAUAAACAAAAAGCAUUCGAAUUAUAUCAAAAUGCGGCAAAUUUAGAAAAUGUAUCUGGAAUAAUUAGUUUAGGAUAUUGUUAUCAAGCAGGAAUUGGGACCAGUAUUGAUUAUCAAAAAACAUUUAAAUUAUAUCAAAAAGCAACAAAUUUAGGAAGUGCGCGCGGAAUGUAUAAUCUAGGAAAUUGUUAUUAUAGUGGAAUUGGAACUAAUAUUGACAAACAAAAAGCAUUUAGAUUAUAUCAAAAAUCUGCAAAUUCAGAAAAUACACCUGGAAUGUAUUUUUUAGGAAUUUGUUAUUAUUAUGGAAUUGGAACCAAUGCUUAUAAACAAAAGGCACUUGAAUUAUUCCAAAAAGUUGCAAAUUUAGGACAUUAUAUGGCUCAAUGUCAUCUUGCUACUAUGUAUGAAAAUGGAGAUGGAGUUAAAAAGGACAUAAAUAAAGCAAUUUAUUGGUAUACAAAAUCUGCAGAACAAGGAUAUCAAGAUGCUCAAAAUAAAUUAAAUACUUUAAUAAAUUAAAAGAAUAUAGUACUUGUAAUUACAUUAUGUUUUCCAUAAUUUUUCUAUAAAUAUAGCAUAUUCAGAUAAUUUAUAAUCUCAUCAAAUAAUGUAAAGUAUCAAUUUUAUUGAUAAUAUAGCAGACUCAUUGAAGA